AUGGCAGACGUGACUGCUUAUGCUACCGGAUAUGACAUUGAGAAUAUUUUGCCCCUCUUGCAUAAAGGUGCUCUGCUAGCUCAGUCCCCAGCGGGGAUCGAAGAAAUUUCCGAACUCAAUGAUGAUCGCCGCCGUAUCCUUUACGCGGAACACACUCAGCGCUGGAAACACCCAUUUGCAUUAUACUACACCAUCGUUCUAAACUCGAUCUCGGCAGCUAUCCAAGGCUGCGAUCAGACCGGUCAGAAUAAUACAUCGUUCAAGCGUCCAUGCCCGUCUUGGCUAAUGCUUUUUAUAGGUUCAAACGGUGCUAACCUGACAUUUGAUGUCCAGUUUGGUAUCCCAAAUAACCCCCCUAAUGUCCUGACCCGGAGACCUGCAAGCGUAACCAGUGGAUCUGUUGCGUGGCUCUCCGAUACCCUGAAUCAUAUUCUCGGCCGUCGUGGUACAAUCUUCCUGGCUGCAAUCUUCAGUCUCCUAGCUCCUCUGGGCUCAAGUUUUACUCAGCAUUGGGUUCAGCUCGUUGCCUGUCGUGUUCUUCUCGGACUUGGCAUGGGUCUCAAGGAAGUCACUGUUCCUGUUUACUCGGCUGGCGGCCUGGUUAUGUCAUGGCAGCUUUGGACGGCCUUUGGUAUCUUCCUCGGAACGUGCGCGAACCUCAUUGUGGCCAACACUGGUGAUAUUGCUUGGCGAAUACAGCUAGGCUCUGCAUUUAUUCUAGCUGUGCCGUUGCUUCUUGGUAUCUGGUUUUGUCCCGAAUCUCCACGAUGGCUGAUGACCAAGAAAAACCACAAGAAAGCCUUUGCAUCUCUUCUCAGACCGCGCAAUAGCCCUCUACAGGCCGCUAGAGAUUUGUAG